UCGUCCUCCUCCCCUCGUCGCCCCGCGGCCGGCGGCCGGGAGGCUCCGGGCUUUUAUCUGCGGACCAGGCGGGAGGGAGCCGGGUCCCCGUGGUCUUCCCGAACCGGAGCGCUCAGCCCCGCGGCGCCAGGGGCUUGUAGCCGAGUUUUCCCUCCUUGCCCGCGCCAGCCCGGAGCCCCGCGCGGGCAGACGGUCCGUCCGGCGAGAGGAUGGUCAUCCGCGUGUUCAUCGCCUCCUCCUCGGGAUUCGUGGCGAUAAAGAAGAAGCAACAGGAUGUGGUUAGAUUUCUGGAAGCCAACAAGAUAGAGUUUGAGGAGGUGGAUAUCACAAUGUCAGAAGAACAGAGGCAAUGGAUGUACAAGAACAUCCCCCCGGAAAAGAAGCCCGCUCAGGGCAACCCUCUGCCACCUCAGAUAUUUAAUGGUGACCGCUACUGUGGAGAUUAUGACAGUUUUUUUGAAUCAAAGGAAAGCAACACUGUCUUUUCAUUCUUAGGCCUAAAAUCACGGUUGGCAUCAACGGCAGAACCUUAGAGAAGACGGGUGGAAGAUGAUGGAGAUGCAUUGGGAGCACCCCUGGUACUCAGCACACACCUGCUUACCUAAUGCAUCCCUGUGACAGAAGCCACAUGCAUCACCAGUUACUUUGCUUGCCAUGGAAAAGGUGUUUCUGGAAGAUGUGGGUAUAAUGGGGUUGCAUGAUUGCGCUAAACCAAAUCAAGACUGUGGAGGGUUUUUCCUUAUUUUCAGAAUUGCCUGCAGUUGCCUCACUCCCCUGGCGGUGCUGUUAACCUGUUACAGGUGUACUUCCUUCAUGACUGAAAGAUAAGUGGGUGGCACCCUUAGAGAGAAAAUGGUGCAUCUGCCCUGGGUUGUUAUUGAUGCCAGUAUUGGUCAGACCUGCUUCUCUUUAAGCUGCCUGGAUUGUAUCCUGGAAAUUAGUCUGCACGCUAUUACACUCUUUUGAUCAGAAAGGAAAAAAGCAAUGCUGCUUGACAAAGGGCUGAAGAGUUUUGCUGCAGAACCACAAACAUCACUGUUCCAGUGCUUUGUAAUAACACCUGAGGAAAAAGUUAGAUGUUCUGCCUUCCUUUCGGUAGUGGAGACUCGUACCCCCAUAAAUCCUCCAAGCUCCUACAGAUGUUUCCAGAAAUCACUGUUGCAAAAAUGUGUGAUCAGACCCAAGUGACAGGAAUGAAAAUAAUUGCUGGUUUGGAAAAUAUAUGUUUCUUUAUCUCUUGCAAGGGGAAAGUUUCACCUAAAUGCAUAAGACUGCUUAAAGAUAUAUUUUAAGAGGUGCACUAAUUAGAUAGUGAAUUUCUAGGCAAAUUAUCUGACUUAUAUCUGAAGGCAUUUGUGGCUCUAGCAACUUAUUUAUGCAUAAGUGCAUGUAUUUUUAAAUGCGGCUCCCCUAGCUAGCAGCUUCUUAUUCUAUUUUGUGAAGGGAUUAUAUUUUUUUGAGAAAGGAAGAUCUUGGUUAGAUAUAUUUUGUGAACCCUUGUUGAGGCAUAUUAAAAGAUACUGAUACUGCUGUACAAUUUAGUAUUUUUCCUGUGUUACUCCUCCUUGGUCCUCUAACUUUGCUAGGUCAUGUUUCUGGCCAGUGCACAGUCCCAGAUUUUGCAGAGUAAUGUAGGUAUGUGGUCUCAUUCCAUAAGAGCACCAGUGAGUUUUCAGAGCAGCAUAUAUGAGAAAGGGGCCAGCAGAGAGUAACUCCGAAUUGUACUUAGUGUGUGUCUCUACUCCCUUUGGAGUGGAUGCUUCUAAACACUGAACAUGUCUACUUCAUGAGGGUAGGGGCUGCUUUUCUGCAUUCUUGUUCCUGCUUCCAUUUUUUUAGAGUGUUUAGUUGCCAAACAUGGAGACAGUCUUGAAUAGGAUAAAGUCUCAGAGGGCUGCUUAAAAUAUCCUGUUAUUCUCAGCAUCCUGGUGGUGGACCUGCUGUUUAGAUUCCGAGCUGGAAGUCUGUAAGAAAUCGAAAGAACAGAGUUAAAGCCCGGUCACAGGUGUUCUCUCACCCUCCAACUUGCUAAAUGUGGACUCUUCUAAAGAACUGCCGAAGGCUAAAGCUGAGGUCCCAGCCUGACUCACAGCCCAGGACCACAGCCAGAAGAAAAGCAUGCCACAGACUUCUACUUGACUGGAACAGACAGACGAUCCACAAUUUUCUCUCCAAGGAAAACUGUUGUGAAAUCAUGGGUAUUACUGCUUAGUUGGCAUUAAAUAAAAUCCAGGUCAAAUUCCAUUUGAUAAAUCCCAGGGACUAUCCAGCAGAUUUUUUUUGAACUGGAUUUUGUGUUUGAGUAUGAGAGUCAUCUGAUAAGACUUAGAAUUGCUGUUUAUGGUACAGCAAUUUAAAAUAUCUUAACGUUACCGUGAUCUAACUUAAUAGUUUAAUCUGCUUUUGCCAGUGAGCACCAAGAGCAAAGUUAGUAAGGCAGAGGCUCUGCAAGUUCGAUUCUGGCAUUGUAGGGUCAUCAUAAUGCUUGCUAGACAAAGAAAGCUACCCAGAUGUCUGUCUUGAAACUUUGAAUUACUACGGUUAUGGUAGGCCCAGUAGGCUUCUCAUAAUUGGACCAGAUGGAUAGUAGUGCUAAAUUACUCCCACAGUUACACAUCGUCUACCCCCGCCCCACUUUUUUUUUUUUUUGAUCAGCAAAGACAUAGGAGAGACCAGCCUGGCUGGUCCUGUGCUGGCUGUGAGUGAGCUGGACGCACAUGUGUGACGUCCACCAGAGGACCCAGGCCCUACAGAUCCUGUGGGAUUGCCCUCUGGGACCACGCCGUUCCGAGAACAUUACUGUAUCCUUAUUUGUGCUGUUUUACUGGCUGAAUUCCAAACAUGUAAUCAUUUUCUUAUUCCCUUCUUUAACUAGCUGCCUCUGGAUAAUCACAGUUUUAAAGCCUAGGAAAGAAGUGGAUGAGAAGACAUAGAUGUAAUAACAAGGGCAUUGCUAGACAGGAUUUUUAUUUCCUGUAGUAGGCUUGUUGGGGCAAAGGAAAUGUGCUGCUGAAAGUCAAAUUAUGCUGUUUUACAAUUAGAUAAAGUAGAGUACCAUCCUGCUGGGUCUGUGCAGACCAGGAGAAGAUCUAGUUGGGCAGAUAGUUGUUUUUCCAAAUUCUGGUGUUGUAUUAAAGUCAAAGAGAAGAAAAGGAGGAUUGUUUUCUUUCAGAUUCCAAUGUAUUUUAGAUUUGUUUCUGUUUUAUAGAUUUAUUCAAUACUCCCACGUAGAUGUUUUUAUAUUUCAUGAAUGUAAUAAUGAACUAAACUUAUUUUUGUCCUCUACUUUUGAAAGGUACCAAAGCCGCCUUCUGUUUUGUUUGUCUUGUUUUGUUUUUUUAAUUUGAUUUUGCUAUGUAGGGUUUUGAUUUUCCUAGAAAUGCUUCAUUUAACAGCUUAAGUGUCAGGGCCCACUUUGAACUGCGUAAUUACUGUUUUUAGAUUUCAGUUUGUAUGCGUUUGUCUCCAAAGACAUGGGUGAAAUCCCAGAUUUUAUUUCAGCAUUAAAGAAGAAUAAAUUCCAGAAAACACAUGUUCUGAAAAUGGA